GCCGGGUAACCGUCAGAUUCUGACGUUAUAAGAGAAAGUGCAGUUCUCUUGAAAAACUAUUGGAUCAUUAACUUCUAAUGAAAUAGUUUAAAACAAUUCUGAUAUCCUAUUGAUAAGGUUUGUGUUACAUCUAGUUGCAAUGUUGACAUACUUUUUUUUAUACGCAGUAUCGUAUGAAGAAUAUCAGCUAUAGGUAUGUACGUUUGCAUCUGCAGUAUAUACAUUUAACGUUAACAGAGCAAGAGUUGCAUAUGCCAAAAAGUUUUAUAUUACCAGUUCAUAUGUAGUCAAGUAGAAAUUAGUAUCUCAUAUAAAACACAAUGAACAUACAACAAAGUACAGACUUGAUUAUAUUUGUGACCCAUGUCGAAGCAGAGGAUGUAUUUCUCAAAAUCUGGGGUCAAGUUGAUAAGAAUUCUGCAACAUGUGUAGAACGUAUGAUUUUACCUCUUGUUGAACAAUUUGCUAGAAGUCAAGGCUGCGUUGGACCUCAGUUAGCCAAUUUACGCAUAAAUGCCCUUUGCUGUGCUAGAUUUCAAAAUGAGGGGUAUUACCGAGCAAAAGUCAUUAAUAUACGUGCUGAUGGUAUGGUGGUUUUACAGUUUAUUGACUAUGGUAAUAUCGAAGUAUUACCACCACAAGAAAUACAUUUAUUGGAAAAUAUACCUGGCUCUGAGUCGUUGCAAUCUUUUCCACCUGUGGCAUUUGACUUUACGUUAAUGCAUAUAUUACCUAUAAAUAAUGUUUGGGAUAACAAAGUAAUUGAGUCAAUCAAAAAGACUCUAUGGUACAAUGAAUAUAAAAUUUUAAUUCAUUCUGUGGUUAAUAACCAUCGUCUUAUUAAACUUUGGUAUAACAAUGAGGACUUCAGUGAAUUGUUAAUUAAAAGACACAUGGCAGUAAGAACAACGAUGCAAGAAAUGUUUAGGUCAAAAUGCGUACAACAAUCUCAAGUGCCAAUAUAUCAACAAAGUAAAUGUCUUAUUAGUAAUACUUGUGCAAUGACACCAGUGCAUGAUGGAAAUGAAAUGCAUGGAUUUCCACGUAAUGUUCCUUCAUGUUGUGCAGCUCAAAAACAUAUGAUGCAAUCUUCUCUUCAAGAAGCUCUUGUAUUUAAGUCUCGUGUUUUGGAUGUUCCAUCGAAACAUGAUGUAUAUGUUUCAUUUGUAGAAGAUGGUCCACAUAAGUUUUCUGUACAACUUCAAAGUACUUCUCAGAUAUUAAGCAUGCUCAUGAGAGAAAUUAAUAGUCAUCCUCUCGAACCAUUACAAGAACCUCCUUUACCUGGUUCAGUAUGUCUAGGUCGUUACACACAAGAUAAAGUGUUAUGUAGAGCUGUUGUAAUGUCUGUUAUGGAAAAUAAGUGUAAACUUUACUAUGUUGAUUUUGGUCAUACAGAAAUAUUACCAUACACAGAUAUUUUCCAGUUACCACCUCAUUUUAUCAAUCCCAGAGUGCUUUCUAUUCGAUUCACAUUAAGUGGUGUGCAUGAAUUAAAUGUUACGGAUAAAAUGAAAGAAUAUUUUAAACAAAUAGUAUCAGGAAAACUACUUGUUUUACACGUUCGCCCACCAGAAGGGCCACCUUUAGUGCAAUAUGGAGAUUUAUAUGAUGAUGGAAAAAAUAUAAAAGACAUUCUUAGACAAGCAUUUCCAACUCUAACUAUAGUAUCAUCUGUACAUUCAUCUUUUCAUUCAGCAUAUCAAGAACCAAAAAAAUUAUCAAAAGGUGUAACAGAAAUUGUUUACAUUUCAUUUGUGGAAUCUUGUAGAAAAUUUUUUGUACAAAUUGAGAACUAUAUAUCAUCUCUUGAAUUAAUAAUGAAUAGUUUAGCAGAUUUUUGUACAACUGCACCAACUUUAAGCUUAGCACAGCUAAAGAUUGGUCUUCCUUGUGCUGCUUUAUAUGAUAAUCAAUGGUAUAGAGCACAAAUUCUAGACAUAAAUGCAGAUAAUAUAAAGGUUUUAUAUGUUGAUUAUGGAAAUGAAGAAAUAGUAACUUUAAUGUCUCUUCGUUUGAUUCGUGAUGAUUUGGUUAAAAAAUUACCAGCUCAAGCUAUAAAAUGUACUUUAAAUGAUUGGGAACUACUUCCAUGUUCCGAAGAAAUUCAGAAUCAGUUUGAAUUGUUGACUUUGGAGAAACGUUUACAUUUAAGAGUUGUAGAUGUAACUUUAGAUGGUAUAAUGGUAGAUUUGUAUGGACCCGAGCAGAACAAGAAUAUUAAGUCUCAAAUGUUGAAUCUGAUUGAAAAUGAAGAGAAAAUAAUAAGAAAGUCAUUAAAUUAUCAAAAUGUAGAAAAUCAACACUCUACUAAAAUGGCUUCAAAAAUUGAUCAGAGGUCUUAUAUAAAACUGCCAAUGAAUUUGGUACAACAAUGGAAAAAUGAAAUAAAUAUAAAAGCAAUACGUGAAGAUACAAAUAAAUGGCAUAAAAAAAAUCAAUCGGAAUUGAAAUGGGCUCAAAUGCAUGAUAAUGUCCAAGAAAAGAAUAAGUUUAAAACUUGGAAAAAUGAAUCAAAUGAAAGUAACAAUUGGAAUGCAAAAUGGAAUGAUAAACAUGAUUAUAAUGACUCAUUUAAAAGUGGAAAAGGUACUAAAGGUAGUAAAAAUAAAAUAUGGGGAUCAGUUAAAAGUCAUUCUUCUGAUAAAAAUUGGAGCGAUAGAGAUUCAGAUACAUCAUCUAAAGGUAGUGGCAAACAUGGAAAAAGUAGUGUCAAUCGUGGUAGUUCUAAGCAUGAAAGUAUUUCUGGGAGAACGCAAAGUAACAAAUUUAAUGAUAGAAAUAAUGAUGGAAAUUAUAAGAGCGGGAAAAGAGAAACAAAUAGUAACUCUUAUCAUGGCAAUAAAAUUAAAGAAAGGAAAGGACAAGGAUAUAGGUUAACACAAAACAAGUCAGACAUCGUCAAUUUUGUCUUUGGUGAAGAAGAACAAAAACGUAAUACAAUGAAAAGUAAAACUGAAUUUCAUAUUGUACGCCCUGUCGUAACUAUUGGAACUAGAAAAACUUGUGAAGUAGUUUUUACAAAUAGUCUGUCUGACUUCUUUAUACAGUUUAAUGAUUAUACUGCUUUAGAUUCUAUGAUGGAACGUAUUGCAUUAAUAUAUGAAACUGGUGGAGAGUUAAUAAAAAAAUCUGAUGCAUUGUGUGGCACUUACUGUAUUGCUCAAUAUUCAGAUCUAAAAUGGUAUAGAGCUGUGAUCAAAUCCACUGAAGAAAAUAAUGCAAUUAUACAAUUUAUAGAUUAUGGCAAUACGGAAACAGUUGAAUUGAAUAAAAUUAAAUCUAUGCAGAAAGAAUUUUUGGAACUUCCAAUACAAGCUGUGCAUUGUAAACUAUUUGGAAUAAAGAAUAAUCUUGACACAGACAAAACAAGAAUUUUUGAACAUACAGUUUUUCGCAAAAUAUUAGAAGCUGAAUUUAUAACAGAAGAAAAUGAUAUAUACAGUAUUUUAUUAAAAGAAGCUAUUGAUCCAACAAAUACUUAUAUAAAUCAAGAGUUUUGUGAAAAUAUUGAUUUAGUUAAAGCAAAGGAAGAAAUAAUGUCUAACAGAAUAACUACUUUUAAUAUAACACAAUUUAACAAACCUGAUUAUAUACCUUUGGAUGCUAAGUGGACUACAAUUUCAUAUACACCUGAAACUAGAAAAGAUGUGAUUAUUACAUGGUUUAUAAAUCCUAAUAACUUUUAUUGUCAAAUACUUGACAAUGAAAAUGAAUUUAGAACUAUGAUGAAUGAAAUUCAAAAGAUAUAUAUUGAUAGAGAACCAGUUUCGCAUACAUUACAGGUUGGAUCUCCAGUAAUAGCAAUAUUUUCUGAUGAUGGAGCUCUUUAUCGUGCAGAAGUUAUUGAAUUAAAUAAAUUAAAUGGUCAUCUUAUUCAAUACAUAGAUUUUGGAAAUAGUGCUAUAGUUGAUCCUCAAAAUAUUUAUGCUGUAGAAAGAAAAUUAAUGCAUCUUCCAAAACAAGCUUUCCAGUGUUCAUUGUUUAAUAUUGCUCCAUUGAGUGGUUUAGAUUGGUCUGAAGUAAAUACAGAAGCGAUUGAUAAUUGUUUUAAUGCUGAAAACUAUGAAUGUUUUUUUCAUAAUAUAAAAAAUAAUAAAUACUUAAUAUCAUUAAUUAGUAAUGGAAAAGACGUAGCUAACAUGUUAGUUGAACAAAAUCUAGCAUCAUUCAACUCAAAAACUCAAAUAAAUGCUGACGUUGAAGAAAACAAUACUUCAACACCAAUUUCAUAUGAUAUAGAGACUGUGGAUAUAAAUCUUUUAAAAGGUCAAACACUUAGAGCAAAAAUUUCAAGUGUUGAUCUAAGUGCAUCAAAAUUCUAUAUUCAAAUACCUUCAGCUACUAAAUGUGAAAAUAUAAUUAAUACAUAUAUGGCUGGCAAAGAUCCUGAGGUGAUGCAACGAUUAUCAAUCCAUGAGAUAUGCCUAGGCACAGGUUGUUUGGUUUGUUCAAAUGGAGUUUGGAGACGAGCAGUAAUCAGUAGCCAUUCACAAUCCACAGGCUGUUAUGUUAAAUUCAUUGAUACUGGAGCAUGUGAUGAAAUUUUCUCAAAUAGUGUGCUAGCUUUACCAGGAGAGCUUUCAGUAAUGCAAAAUCAAGCAAUUGAAUGUAUCCUUUUAAACAAGACAGAUUAUUCAAUACUAGAAUAUUAUGUGGGAGAAGAAAUGAUUAUACACGUGGAUGAAAUUGACAAUAAUAGAUUUAUUGUAAAAGUAUUUCGCGAAAAUGGUAUGGAAAUAGAUGCUGGGGAUUUCUAUGAACUAGUGUCGCCAAUAUGUCCAAUGCUUAUUCUAAGUUCUACUCAUAAAGUAUCAGUGUCAUAUGCAGAUCAUUCUGCUAAUAUCUGGUUAAAACGUAAUGCAGAACAUACUUUACAGAAGCAUUUAACAGAAGCACUUGAUCAGUAUUAUUCUAAUCCCGAAAGUUAUUUCAACCAAAAGUUAUUGUACCCGAAACCGGAUAUUUUGUGCGCAGUUAAAGGCCUGGAUGGUCACUGGUAUCGAGCUAAGAUACUAACAUGUGAUCCUGAAACUUAUGUAAAUUUCAUUGAUUAUGGCUGUAAUGAAAAAAUUAAAAAUAGUGACAUACGAUUAAGACAGUUAGCUCCACACUUUCAUACACCAUAUCAGUUAGCUAUUAAUGCAUCAUUACCGGUAGUGCUUAAUGGUACAGUGGCUGAACAAUUAGAUAUAUUAAAAAAUCAUUUAUUUAACAAAGAUCUUACCGCCGUUUUUCAUUAUAUCGACAAAAAAUGGAUAGUAGAAUUAUUACACGAUGGAGAAAAAAUUAGUGAUAAGUUCCGUUCUCUUAAUUUAACAUCAGAACAGAAAAUACCUGGAAUGAAAGAACCUCAAAUCCAUAAUAUGACAAUCGGUUGUAAAUAUAAUGUAUCUGUAUCUCACAUGGAUUCACCUAGUCAGUUCUGGCUUCAACAUGCAGAUGAUGCCACAGACCUUUUUAAUAAUCAAAAUGCACUUCAAGAUCAAGUAUCCACAUUUUUAGAAAUAGAUGGAAUAUUGGAAGAAGGAAGUUUGUGUGUUGCUGUAUAUACUAUAGAUAAUUUAUGGUAUAGAGCGCAGGUACUCGAUGCUGAUGAAGAUAUUACAACUGUUCGAUUUAUCGAUUAUGGAAAUACAGAUGUCAUUGACAAUAAAUCCGGAAAUAUUCGACAGAUACCAGAUUCAUGGAGAGAAAUAAAAGAAUAUGCAGUUAAAUGCAGAUUAGAUGUUAUUCCUGUAGACUCAGAAGAUUGGAACGUUACAACUUGUGAAAAAUUUGAAAAUUUAAUAACAUCUGCUAAAUCUUUACAAGCCCUGGUAAUAGCAAACAGUGUUCCAAAACGAGUAGACUUGUUAAUAGAUGAUAAAAGUGUUAGUGAAGCAUUAGUUGGCAACCAUCAUGCAGUAAAGAUUCAUACAGAGGAAGAAUUAAUCGAUGAAAUAAUUGAUCUAGAAUUGGAUCCCUAUUCUGCUUUUGUAAGCCAUAUUAACUCUCCAAAUGAGUUCUGGGUUCAAGAAGAAAAGUCUGUUGGUGAUUUAGAAAUUAUGACUGAUAGAUUUAUUGUGGCACAUAUGUUUCCCAAAGUAGAUGAAAUUAAAGAAAAUUUAUUAUGUGUUGCUAAAUAUCCUGACGAUGAAUGUUGGUAUAGAGCACGCGUUGUAUCACACAGUGAUAAUGCUAUACGAGUUAUAUAUAUCGAUUAUGGAAAUUCAGCUACCUCAAACGAAAUACGUGCUAUACCGCCAGAUCUUGCAGAUAUACCUCCUCUAUCGAGAAAAUGUCGUUUAGUUAUGCCAGAGGGAAUUACAGAAUGGUCAGAAAAGGCUUGUGAAGAAUUUAUAACAUUAGCGGCUGAUGGAGCAACUAUAUUUUUGUUAGAUGUAAUCGAAGAAGAUGAAACAUCAUUGGUAAAAUUAACAUUAGAUGGUAAAAAUGUGACAGAUAUACUUGCAAAUUUCUGUGAACGUUACCUACCAAUUAUAGAAGAACGAUUACCUCCUUUGGGUGAAGAAAAUUCACCAAAUGUAUUUGUUAGUCGUAUCAAUUCACCUGAUGAAUUCUGGAUUCAAACAGAAACUAGCGAAACAGACUUAGAUACAAUGUUUGAAAAAUUAGAAGCAGCACCUAGUUUCCUUCCAUUAAGUACAUUUGAAAUUGGCACUAUUUGUGCUGCAAAAUAUUCAGAAGAUGGUCAAUGGUAUAGGGCACAAAUUCUUUCACAUUCUGAAGAAGGUACUAAAGUUCUGUAUAUAGAUUAUGGCAAUACAGAGAUUACAAAUGAAACACGAAUAUUACCAACAGAUAUUAUAAAUAUUCCUCCUUUAGCGAAAUGUUGCGCUCUACAAAAACCAGAUAAUAUAAUUUUUUGGCCUUCGGGUGCUUGCAAAUUAUUCAAAGAGCUUGCUACUGAAGAAACAAUGUUUCAGUUUGAGAUUCUUGAUAAUAGGUACCCUGUUUGUGUUAAAUUAAAUCUUAAUGGAAGAGAUGUUGUUGAUAUUUUAAUGGAAAAUAUAUCCGAAGAUGCUACAAUAGAAAAAGAAAAUCUGUAUAAUGAUAUUAAUGAUGAAAGUAAUGCAGAAACAGAAGAAACAAAAGUAAAUGAAACCAAGAAAGAAGAACAAGACGAAGAUAUGAACAGAUUUAAGGAAUAUACUGAAAAUCAAAAUCAAGAAAUAAAAGAAAACACAGAUAACUCAUAUCUGGAUACUAAUUAUGCUGUAGAACUUACUGUAGAUGAAAUAGUUCAAAAUAUGAAAGUGGAUGAACAAGAAGAAGAUGAAGAUACAUUUAAUAGUCAUAAUCACACUAUUGAAAUGUCUGACAAAAAUAACAGUGACGAAACAAUGGAAAGUUUUAAUGAAUUAGAAACACAAACUGAAAUAGAGACAUUUAGUGAUAAGAAUGAAAUAAAAGAAAUUGAGACGCUAAAAGGAGACAAUAAAACACACACUGAAAUAAAAGAUGUGAAUGACGAAGUUUCAUCAACUACAAUUAAAGAAGUAGCAGAAGAUUUUAAACAAUUGGAAACACAAGUGGAAACAGAGAUAUAUAGUCACAAAAAUGAAAUGAAAGAAAUUGAUACAGAAAAAAAUAAAAUACAUGCUGAAAUAAAAGAUGUAAAUGAAGAAAAUUUAUCAAUCACAAUAAAAGAAAUAGCAGAAGAUUUUAAACAAUUGGAAACACAAGCGGAAACAGAGAUAUGUAGUCACAAAAAUGAAAUGAAAGAAAUUGAUAUAGAAAAAAAUAAAAUACAUGCUGAAAUAAAAGAUGUAAACGAAGAAAAUUUAUCAAUCACAAUAAAAGAAAUAGCAGAAGAUUUUAAACAAUUGGAAAUACAAGUUGAAACUGGGUCAUAUAAUUAUGAAAAUGAAACGCAAGCUAUUGAAAUAGAUACAGAAAAAAAUAAAAUAAAAGGUGAAAUAGAAGGUGUAAAUGAAAAGGUUUCAUUAAAUACAACAGAAGAGGUACCAUUGAAUACAAUUUUAGAUUCUCCAGGUAUUAAAAAUGAGUUAGAAGAUCUUACAAAAAAACAAGAUAUAGAUGAAAUAGAAAUAUAUGAAUCAAGUAUUGAUGAAAACAAAGAAUAUGAUAAAGACUGUAUUACACAAGAUACUAAUGAAGCAAAUGCUGAUGUAACGGACCCUAAAAAUUGUUCUGAUAUAAACAGUGUGAAUGAAAAGGUAUCUUCAAAUUUAAACUCUACAGAAAUAACAAGCAACGAAUCUAAGGUUACUGAUAUAAAAAAUGAUAAUCCAAUAAUUAUAGUGACAGUUUAUGAAGAGGGUAAAAGAAACGAUAAUAUAGAAAAAUUUUUACAUCUUGAAAAUGCUCCUACAACAUCAGAAUAAUUAUAUAUAAAGACUGAUCAUGUAUUUCAAUGUUAUUUGUAAAUAACACUAAAAUUAUUACUUCAAAACGUCAUUUGUUUUUCUAAAGAGAUCUGUAUUUAAUUUAAUACUGUUUGUCCAUGUGAAUAUUUCACUUAUAAAAUAUAAAAAUUUAUUAGAAAGAGAACACAGAGAACAAUAUUAAAGUGUGCUUUUACUUUAAAAAAGAAUUUUUCAGUAAAUAAGAGACAACAUUCCUAAACAUAUAUUACAGCUUUAAAUAUAAAAAAAAUUAAAAUGUAAAACAUUAUUUUUAGUUUUAUUUUUUAUCUUUUUAUUGCAUAAUUACAGUAAUUUGUAUUGUUUGAUUAUAUUAAAUUUUUUUAUAUUAUGAAAUAAAUUACUCUUAUAAAAAGUGAUAAUGGAAUAUUGUUACAAUAAUUACAAUACAUUGCUUUUUAAUUACAGUAUAAUUUUGUGGUGCUUUGCCAAAAAAUAGUAAAAAAUAUACUUAAUAUAUAAUAAUUUAAAACUGUUUUUCUGUUUUAAUAUAACAU